CUCCGGCUUCCGGCAACUCGGAGGGACCAGAAUCUGUGCGGAGCAUCUGAGGCCCGAGCCAUCCUGGGACGGGCUGGACGCCGAGACCCCAGAGAUGAAGAAACUGAAGCCCCGAGGAACCCACAGUCACACAGCGAGAAGCAGCAGCAUUCAUUUCAGGAAUGAAGCCCAGACCUCUGCAAAUUUGAUUCCUUAUAAUUUGGAGAAGACCCACUGGCUGAAUGGCAGCUGUAGAUGACUUGCAGUUUGAAGAAUUUGGUGAUGUAGUCACUUCUCUAGCAGCAAACCCAGAUGCCACCACAAUAAGCAUCGACGAUCCUGGUGAAAUCCCCAAACAUCAGCCUGGCUCCUCAAGAGGCUCAGGGAGAGAAGAGGAUGAUGAGUUACUGGGAAAUGAUGACUCUGACAAAACCGAGUUACUUGCUGGACAGAAGAAAAGCUCCCCCUUCUGGACGUUUGAAUACUAUCAAACAUUCUUUGAUGUAGACACUUACCAGGUCUUUGACAGAAUAAAAGGUUCUCUUUUGCCAAUACCAGGAAAAAACUUUGUGAGGUUAUAUAUCCGCAGCAAUCCAGAUCUCUACGGCCCCUUUUGGAUAUGCGCCACAUUGGUCUUUGCCAUAGCAAUUAGUGGGAAUCUUUCCAACUUCUUAAUCCAUCUGGGAGAGAAGACAUACCAUUAUGUACCCGAAUUCCGAAAAGUGUCCAUAGCAGCCACAGUCAUCUAUGCCUAUGCCUGGUUGGUUCCUCUUGCACUCUGGGGUUUCCUCCUGUGGAGAAACAGCAAAGUUAUGAACAUCGUUUCCUACUCGUUUUUGGAGAUUGUGUGUGUCUAUGGAUAUUCACUCUUCAUUUAUAUCCCCACAGCAAUACUGUGGAUUAUCCCCCAGAAAGCCGUUCGUUGGAUUCUAGUCAUGAUGGCCCUGGGCAUCUCAGGCUCGGUCUUGGCAAUGACAUUUUGGCCAGCUGUUCGUGAGGAUAAUCGGCGCAUUGCACUGGCCACAAUUGUGACAAUUGUGUUGCUUCAUAUGCUGCUUUCUGUGGGCUGCUUGGUAUGGUCUCAUUCCUGUGUUAUUCUGGCAUACUUUUUUGAUGCACCAGAGAUGGACCAUCUACCAAUAACUACAGUUGUUCCAAACCAAACAGUCGCAGUAGCCACGUCCAGCUAAAGAGGAAAUCCUCUUUUAUGUCUUUUGGAAUGUGAUUCUUUUGGACACCAAAGCCAGCAGGAAAACCGAUGGAAUGGCACCAGCCCCUAACAUCUGGAUGGUGCCACACUGAAGCCUCAUCACCUAUUUAACAAACAAAAAUUAAAUUAGGAGUCAAAAUUGUCCCCCACAUGUGUCUUUCAGCUCUUUUUUCUCUCCUGUCGAUGAUCGUUGUGACUAUGCGCUGAUAUGGAAUGAAACACUAGAGAAUGGGUUAGGCGGGCUCACCUCCAUUCCUAUUUGUCUCUCAUGGUCAUGUGAUGUGCUUCAUAUUAGGUGUGCCCUGAAUACCUGAAAUGGACCUAUCCUAACUUCUGAUGUCUUUUCUCUGAAUUGUGUACAGAUUUCCGAGGUGAUCCUCUUCUCUCCAAAUGCUUGCCAUCCUAGAGUGGCCAAACAGUGUGACCUUUGGUUGGGAUUCACUGGGAGCCUGAAAAUUGGUUUUUGGUGACCUGAUACUAGGCAAUUGAACCCAAUGGUUGCAAAAUAAAUACCUCAUGUGACGUCUGUGUCUGCA